AGAGAGGAAGAGGUGUGGAUGUUUAGCCUAUUUUUUUAAAUGCGUGUGAAGUGUGUCACGGCUCUAUACAUGACCUUUUUUCUAAGAGUGAGCUGCUACUGCUGUUGCUGUAUAAAAGGUUAGAGGGCAUGCAGACAUUAACCUACAAGAAGCUGAGGUACAUAGAUAGAUGGAGCUGUAAAGAGAGAGAGAGACAGAGGGAGACAAAGUAAGAGAAACAGAAAGAGAGAGAGAGCGAGGAAGAGACCUUCAUCAUCUGUGUUACAAAUGUUGCACAUGAGCGUUGGGGGGGGAGGCUGACUGUGUUGCGAUUAACACGCUCCCUCAGCUGGGUGUUCAUUUCAAUCUGCAGUACGAUAUCCUCAAGUCUGAACCCUUGGAUGAGGGUCACUUGCCAGAGGAGGAUUUUUUUUCUGCCUCUCUGUUUUUUAUACUUCCUUCUUGGGCAGAAGGCUGGUGUAAUAGAAACCAGACACAAGCCAGAAUGUGAGGCAUUCACAGCGGCGAGACCUCACUUCUUCACAGAGUGGGAAAACGGAAUAAAUAGAAAGUCUAUAGUCUGAUAAGUUCUGUCGUUUUUUGGUCCGUUUUUGCCAUUCUGGGGGUUAUCAAUAAGACGGAAAAAGGCCAGGACAUUAGGAUGAAAGUGGUAUUCCAUGGAUCAGACUGUGCAGGGGAUGUCUAGAGAGGGCACAGGAGACCUUCAGGAUGGGAAAUGCAUGUGCAACUUUUCCAGAUUCUAGUUGAAAAGCUUGUUAGAGCAACAUGAGCUGGAGCUUUCUCACUCGUCUCCUGGAAGAGAUCCACAACCACUCCACCUUUGUGGGGAAAGUGUGGCUGACUGUGCUCAUCAUCUUCCGCAUUGUGCUCACGGCGGUCGGAGGCGAGUCCAUCUACUCGGACGAGCAGACCAAGUUCACCUGCAACACCAAGCAGCCGGGUUGUGACAACGUGUGCUACGAUGCCUUCGCCCCACUCUCGCACGUCCGCUUCUGGGUCUUCCAGAUCAUCAUGAUCUCCACUCCUUCCAUCAUGUACAUGGGCUACGCCAUCCACAAGAUAGCCCGAACUACGGAGGAGGAUCGCAGGAAGCACCACAGGCUCCGCAAAAAGCCUCCUCACUCCAGAUGGAGAGAGAGCCACCAUCUGGAGGAUGUCUUAGAGGAGGAGGAAGAUGACGACGCUGAGCCCAUGAUCUAUGAGGAUGCACUGGAGGUGCAGGAGGCUAAACCCGAACCGGUGAGCAAAGACCCGCGAAAACACGAUGGCCGUCGAAGAAUUAUGCAAGAAGGCCUGAUGAGAAUCUACGUUCUUCAGCUCAUGUCACGAGCUAUUUUUGAAAUCGCUUUCCUUGCGGGACAGUAUCUCCUCUACGGUUUUCAAGUCAGUCCUUCAUAUGUAUGCAACAGGGACCCCUGUCCACACAGAGUGGACUGCUUCAUCUCCAGGCCCACAGAGAAAACAAUCUUCCUCCUCAUCAUGUACGUGGUAAGCUGCCUUUGUCUCGUGCUAAACAUGUGCGAGAUGCUUCACUUGGGAAUCGGCACUUUUCGGGACACCCUUCGCAUGAAGAGGAACCGGGGCCAACGGACGACCUACGGCUACCCGUUUUCUCGGAACAUCCCGGCCUCUCCUCCGGGGUACAACCUCGUGAUGAAGACGGACAAACCCAGCAGGAUCCCCAACAGCCUCGUCACCCACGAGCAGAAUAUGGCCAACGUGGCCCAGGAGCAGCAGUGCACCAGCCCGGACGAGAACAUCCCUUCCGAUUUGGCAAGCCUACACCGCCACCUACGGGUUGCCCAGGAACAGCUCGACAUGGCCUUUCAAACAUAUCAAACCAAAAACAACCAGCAAACCUCCAGAACCAGUAGUCCUGUCUCUGGGGGCACGAUGGCAGAGCAAAAUCGAGUCAACACAGUCCAGGAGAAACAAGGAGCGAGGCCGAAAUCAGCCACAGAAAAGGCUGCGACCAUUGUAAAAAAUGGAAAGACAUCUGUCUGGAUCUAGAGAUCAAAUCUAAUUUAGUAAAUUAACAGUAAAAACUUUUAGGACUCCAGGACUGCACUGUGAAACAGCUGGAGGGUGUGUGUCUAUGUGUGUGUGUAUGUGUGUGUAUGUGUGUGCGUGUGAGAGAGAGAGAUGCAACUUUGGACAAAAACAAUUUCAGAAUUUCAAUCACUUUAGCUGAAUGAGUAGUACACCGUUUUAAGGAAUUUAAAAGAAAAAACACACAAAGAAAUUAUCAAAUCCAGUACCACAAAUGUGUGUCAUUUCGUGCUUGCCAUAGCUUCUGGACAUGGGUAUCAUGUGCUUUCUUAGUUAAACAUCUCUAAUCCCAGCUAAAAUGUCAAAAUAUAAACAGACUGCUUGGAGCUAUACAUCUGAUCUACCCUUGACUGCCGCUGAACUGGAUUAAUCUGAAGAAAUCUAACUUUGUAAGUGUGUGAUUGUACCCUCAGUCCAAAUUGGAGAAAACAUAGUGAAAAACAAAUGCACAGUGACUCAUUUCUGAAAAAUGAUGAUUAUUGUUGGAAAAAUGCAUGUUUAAUAUUUGGGGGAAAGUAAUUUUGGAUGUAGUAUGGAUGAGUGUCGCUGGAAGCAGAUUAAAUGUGAAAUAUUUUGAUAAAGAUAAUGAAGUAGGGCUGUGUCACUGUAGGCUCCUCUGGUAGGCAUCUGCUCAGUGUGAUGGUCUUCAGUCAGUGCGUGCAAAGCCUUUAUUCUAUUCUAUAUUUUCCAAAGCCUUGCAGUGUCACGUUUGAAGGGGGAAGAGGUAAGUGAAUAGAAAAUCGAAUAAUUUUCUAAACUAAAUACUGAUUUUCUGCAAUCUGAAGCAGAUGAUGCAUGCUUUACAACUGGGAACACACAGUAUACACAUAUAGGCUACAGUAGAAACCCCCAUCCUUAUAGCUAUUCAAUUAGCUCUACAUUUAUCUAAUGUUAGGCAUGUUAGGUCUUGGAGAUGGCCGUUUCAGUUUGUAUGUUUCUAAAAUUGGUUUGAGUAAUAUUUAAUCCUGCCUUCACUGUUGUCAUACUUCAAAGUGCCUCAAACUUUUAAAGACUGUUCUCGUAUUUUAUUCAUGAAGAAAUAAACUUAUUUGAAACCUCUGA